AUCAUGCAAUAAGUUAAGGUCAUUUAAGGUUGCCGACUUCACUAAAAUAGUGUAAAUCAAAACCUGUUGUUGUCAUUACGAAUUUGGUUACACAAACAGUACAAUAUGAAGCUCCUCCUCGUUUGUCUGCUCCUCCCAGCUGUCCUUGCCGCUCCUUCAGAUGAAAGAAGAUUCUUAUUCGGCCCUUUUCAAAUUGAAAAUCUUUUUGAUCUUGAAUCCUUGAAAUGUGAUGUACAAAUCAUGCUUGACGCCGUUGGUGACGAUCCAACAGAAGUAGCAUGCGAAGGUGAAUGUCAUAAUCUAUUAGCAGAAGGCAAUGUUAUGAACUUCGGAUGUCCACUAGUGUGCCAUGCAUUCCAGAACCUAGCUCACUAUUUCCACGAGACACCUAAACCCGGAGAGCAACACGCACACUGUGGCGGACUUUCACUUUCAACUACCAAGGCUGCAUAAAUAAAACAAAACAAUUCAAUGAUAUAAAAUCUAAGUUAAUAAAUAUAUCAUUUUAAUA